CAGGAAAACGUGGUUACAGACGUUAUGAGAAAAACAUCGAACUCUGUCUCUCUAGAGUGGCCUUUUUGGUGAAUGAAUCACCAGUGUCUCAGUGACUGAGGUUUACUAAGGACUGAAGGUUUUCCUUGGCACAUGUGUGUGAGGUGGCCGAAACAGCCACAGCGUUGGGAGAAUCGGAAAGAUCUAUGUGAACUCUGAAGUGAAAUACAAUGAUAAUAUGAAACUCGCAGUUAUACUACACUAAAAGUGAUACUGCAAAAAAAAAAAAAAAAUCAUCAGAAGGUACAUAUAGGCGAAGAUGUGGCUCAAAGAAAGCACUGAGAUGGCAACGAGAUCCAGAACAGCAAUGCUCACGAGACACACUGUGAAUGGCUUCCGCUACCAGGUGGCUGUGAUCACCAAGGGCCGUGCAGUGCUGGGGCAGGCGGUGGAGUGGAUGUACCAAGGCGGGCCAUGUGUAAAGACCUAUUUUCUCAGUCUAGGGCACUCCAAAGCUGACUACAAGCGCAAGUUCAACAGCGAACAAAGACAUCUGUUAGAGAGAGGUGUCCCAUUUAAGGAGUAUGACAUCUCACUGCUCUACAUUAUUCUCCAACUCAUGUGCGGACUGGCUGGCCCGAGCGACCCUGCCUGGGCCUCCCCUCCCACAGGCCAGCCUCUGGAACAUCUCCUGCACAAGGUGAAAAUAAAACGUAACGAUAUUGCACACACAAAUGACGUCCGGCAGAUGUCGGACCAAGAGCUUAUGAAAGAGUUGAGAAAACUUAGAUGCUUGUUCUCUAGGAUUCUUAGGCUGGCCGGGAACAGAUGUGGAAUACGUCCUCGUUUCCGUGAUCAGGUUUGGGAGAUCAAGCAAAACUUUCAGGAUCUCUUAAAAAAGGUUAGAGAGCCUCUUCAGGCUUCAGACCUAGACAUUCCACAACUACAACAAGAAAUUCAAGUCUUCCAAAAAGCACUUCAGAACAAGAUAAAGGAGGCGAGUGAGCGGGAGUUGCGUGUUCUCUACCCGCAACUGUGGGAUGUGACUCUUGCACAGUGGCUGUAUCCAGAUCUGAAAAUCCGACCGAGUGUGAACUUUACUAACCUGGUAAUCAAAGAGGAUACCUCAACUCUGUCACCGUCUCAACAACGGCUACACCAGCCUCAGGACAUAUCUCACAAGGAUCUGUUGCAAAUCACAGAUGUAUACAAUCGCCUGCCUGAAGUGAUCAUAAUAUCAGGUGAAGGAGGAAUGGGGAAGACCACGCUGCUGAAGCACAUGCUGGAGAUGUGGGUGAGAGAUCCCUCGCAAAUCAAGGGACUUAAAGAUGUUUCUCCUCUGCUGUACCUACAGCUAAGAGGGUCCACCAUUACCACCUGGAAGGACAUGCUUAAGAGUGCCCUUAGCAGUACAUUUCAGGAGUCUGGACUUACUACUGAAAUUUUUGCAGAUCUAUUUCAGGCUAUGCACGUUGUAGUCCUUCUGGAUGGUUAUGAUGAAGUGAGCAAAAAGGCAAAGGAGCUCAUAACUGAUCUCAUAAGCUACCGAAGAAACAUGCGUAUCGUGAUAACCACUAGACCGAGCUGUCAGAGAGAGCUGACUCAGAUAAUGAAGAAUAAGAAGCAAGUAAUGAACAUCGAAAUCAAAGGCAUUGAAAGGAAAAAUCGUUCUUACUUUGUUGAAAACACUCUAACUGCUCUUGUCAACGAUCCAGUUCGAAGAGAUGAACUGAAAGAGAAAAUCAUUAGAAAUCUCGGGGACUUGAAAACGGAAAAGGGAGAUUUGGACGUUCCUCUAACUCUGACACUGUUGACCAUACGCGACGUUGAGGCUCCAGAUGAGAGCUCACCUGAUGUCUAUCAAGACAUAACAUCCCUCAUGAUAAAAAAAGUCAAGGAGAGGGUGGCAGCAAAGGGCAUUGGUGUUACUCUGGGCAAAGUUCGAGAGUAUCAUGAGUUCCAGAAAGGAGUUGCUCUACGAUGUCUGAAGAAACGCGAACAUGACUUGCUUUCAGAGACAGUGGAGGAUUUGAAGGCAAAGUGUAAUGAACUAAAUCUACCAUACAAAGAAAUUCUCUCAGGAUUUCUCGUCUCAAAGAAAUUUAGACAAGGUCUGUUUAUCGUCCAAGUGUGGUCCUUCCCACACAAUCGAUUUCAAGAACACUGGGCUGCAGGUCAUAUUGCCUCACAGUUAUCAAAGAUGUCCCACUCAUUGCCAGACAUGACAGGGUUGUUGGAUUUUACUUUCCUAACUGAUGCCGAGAAGAAGAAAAAGCUUGGCAUGCCAGGACUGCCAACUGAGGAAGAAGUCGUAACCUUUAUGUACACCAAAAAUCCUAUUCUACAGAUUUAUGCAGACAAUAUUGAAGAGGCACAAGAACUGGUAUGGCGAAAUAUAGUAGGAGACAUAUCAGUAUUACUAAUGGAAAUCGUGUUUAACGUUGCACGUAUUUUCUCAUUGUCACAAGAGAACUUUCUGGAUAAGUUUGCCUCUGCUAUCAUCAGCCUCAUUUUAUACAGUGAUCACUCUCAUCUGAUCAGUAAGAACAGCUGCCACAGGAUCUGUGAGACGGUGAUGGCUUCAGGACAACAUGCCAGGAUCUUAGAAGCAGCUGCCAAAGUGCUGGGAAGCAGUGACACACUAAUGACUCGAGGGGAGUAUCUGCCUGGCUUCGUUGCUUUGUUUGACUAUGUCAGGCCUUCCUGCGUGGAAGUCCACAUGAGUAAAGACACAGAAGAGUUGCCACCAAGCUGGCAAGUCUCUGGUCUGGAGGCAUUGUCCAACCAGAACAUUGAACUCAUACUCAUUGUAAUUAAUAUAAAUAGUUCUAUACAUUUCUCUGAGGCAUGUCUACGGGCAACCAUAGGCCAAGAAAGCGUUUGUCGGCUGACCAAGUUCGAUGGUGCAUUGACAUCGGUCGGGGUGCAGCUUCUUCCUGAGAGCCUGGAAAUACUGAGAUUGAAAUCAGACGGGGAGGGAGUGCGGGGUUUGGUGACGAGGCUCCAGCAUCUGCAGAGGCUUCACAUCUUAGAUUUCAAAGGGCCACUGACAGCCGCCGAGGUGCGCCUCCUGCCCAGCAUCCUGAGGGAGCUGGAUGUGACGACUGACGGAGAAGGCUUCAGGGCCCUGGCAGCAAGCCUUCCUCGCCUGGAGCAGCUGCAGGACUUAGCCUUCACAGGCCAGCUGACGGAGGCAGAUAUGCCCCUCCUGCCCGAGGUACUCUGCUCGCUCAGGGUCCAGACGGAUGGCGCGGGUCUCCGGGCUCUGGCAAGGAGACUUCCUCGCUUGACGAAUCUGCGUUCCUUGGCUGUAAAGCUGCUAGACUGUCCUCCUGCUGACUCUCUGAGCGCCCUUCACUGUGAGGCACCGUUCCUGACUCUGGACCUCAAGCGUGUCACGCCCCCUUCCUGGGAGUGGGUGUGCGACGCCGUGCACGUCCUCUGCUCGACACGUAAACAGGAGUUCACUGUGCACGUCCCAUUGGGCUGCGACCCUCUUCAGGUGCAGAGCGUCAGGCAGGAGCUCCGAGGCCGAGGCGCGGAAGUGGUCGGAGAUAGUUCAAAGUGGAUUCGAAUCCUGUCGUGGAAACUCGGCUGCAAGUUGUAGGUCGCCGAUGGAACGCCUCUUGCCCUCUGGGGGCCUUCUGCUCAGCACUGUUUGUGGUAGUUAUAUAUACAUAUAUAUAUAUAUAUAUAUAUAUAUAUAUAUAUAUAUA